GAAUUGCAGUGAGAUCUUAGAGAAGUAUGUUAUACCAGAGAUCAAUGAUAGUCUUGUUUUGAAUGGUGCUGCUGCUGGUCCUGGUGACCUUCCAAUCAUAGAUUUCAGUAAACUUUCUCAUUAACCAUGGAGUUCCUGAUGAAGUAAUAGAGAAUAUUAAAGUUGCGAUCAUUGAGUUCUUUCGAUUGCCUUUGGAGGAGAAGAAAGUAUAUGCACGACGUCCAGACACUGGAUCUGAAGGCUAUACCCAAAACUGUGUCAUCUCAGAGGAACAGAAAGUGGUGAGUGGGGAAGGGCACACGCUUUUUACUAGAACAGUUGCUCGGAGGAACAUGAAACUCUGGCCCCAAAAUCCACCCACGUUCACGGAUGCAUUGGAUCAGUACACCGAAGAAAUUCAGAGAGUGGCAAACAUUAUGUUUGAGUCAAUAGGAAAGAGCUUGAAACUUGAUAAACUCAGUGACAAUUUUAAGGAUUUCCAGCAAUCAAUAAGAAUUAACUACUACCCUCCAUGUCCUCAUGCAAGCAAUGUGAUAAUGAGCAAUGGGAAAUACAAGAGCCUUGAACACAGGGCUGUUGUAAUUUCAGAGCAAGAACGCUUUUCAAUUGGCACAUUUCAUGGCCCGAGGGCUGAUGCACAAAUAGGCCCACUUCCUGCAGAGACACCUGGGAAAAGUGAACCAGUUUACUAUAGGUAUAAUCACCAAAAUAGUCACGUAUCUUUCUCUCUCUUUUUGGUCCUCUCUCGGGAAAUUUUCGACUGA